GUCGCCGGGGGAACGACGCGCGCGCCCGCCCGCCCGCGGAGGCCGGAUCUUGGGAAGGAAGGGCGGCCGGUAGCCAGGAGGAGGAGGAGGGAGGAUGUCGCGGGCGUCGCUCUCGCCGUCGUCGUCGGGGGACGAGGAGGAGGAGGAGGACGAGGGCGUGGAAGGGUACCGCAAGGGCGGGUACCACGCCGUCCGCCCCGGGGACCAGUUCGCCGCCGGCCGCUACGUCGCCCAGCGCAAGCUCGGCUGGGGGAACUUCUCCACCGUCUGGCUCGCCUUCGACAUCCAGACCCAGAAAUUUGUGGCUCUUAAGAUACAGAAGAGUGCACCAGAGUUUGCUCAGGCUGCCUUUCAUGAAAUUGAGUUUCUUUCUGAGAUCACCAAGAGAGAUCCAACAAAUUGUAAAUGCAUUAUCCAGCUGAUAGAUCACUUUAAGCACGCUGGGCCUAAUGGGCAGCACAUCUGCCUUGUUUUUGAAUUCCUUGGAGAUAGCUUACUUAAGCUAGUACAAUACAACCGCUACAAGGGCAUUGGAUUUCGACGGGUCAGGGAAAUAUGCAGAUCAAUUUUGAUAGGUCUUGAUUACUUGCAUAGAGAGCUUGGGAUCAUCCAUUCAGAUUUAAAGCUUGAGAAUAUUCUUCUUGUUUCAACAAUCGAUCCCUCAAAGGACCCCAUACGUUCUGGACUUAAACCUAAUCUUGAGAGGCCUGAAGGGAAUCCUAAUGGAGAAGCUAUGCUUAACCCGAUUGAGAAGAAAUUAAAGAUGAGAGCGAGGAGGGUGCUUGCAAAGCUUGCUGAGAAAAGGAAAUCAGCUGCAGAAUAUGCACGUGCUGAAAGGAGCUUGGAUGGGAUUGAUAUGACAUGUAAGAUUGUGGACUUUGGAAAUGCUUGUUGGGCUGACAAGCAAUUUACUGAUUUUAUUCAGACAAGGCAAUACCGGGCACCAGAGGUCAUCCUUGGUUCAGGAUAUUCAUUUCCUGUUGACAUGUGGUCAUUUGCGUGUAUCGCUUUUGAACUUGCAACAGGGGAAAUGCUAUUUACACCCAAGGAAGGACAGGGGUACAGUGAAGAUGAGGAUCACCUGGCUUUGAUGAUGGAGGUCCUUGGAAAGAUACCAAAAAAGAUUGCUACCAUGGGGACAAAAUCGAAGGAGUAUUUUGACCGUCAUGGAGACCUAAAGCGGAUAAGAAGAUUGAAGUUCUCAUCUAUUGAACGUGUCCUAGUUGACAAAUACAAAAUUUCUGAAUCGGAUGCCCAGGAAUUUGCUGAGUUUAUUGGCCCUUUGUUUGAUUUCGCCCCAGAGAAGCGUCCAACAGCGGCACAAUGCCUUCAACACAAAUGGCUUCAAUACAAUGAUGAAAAAAUCAACAUUAGUGAUGCCAAAACUGCUAGUGUUGCAUGCAGCCCUGGAACUACCGCCAGCAGUGAUUCUAAGAGCAUUGAUGUAAAACACAACAUUGGAGGUACACCUGACACUUUUGCCGAGAGAGCUGAUGCAAAGUGCAGUACUAGUAAAAAAAGCAUUGUCAACAGUAAUGCUGAGAAUUCUGAUGUACAACCCAACACUGAAAAUGUUGGCAAUAGAAAUUUUAAAAGCACUGAUGUUAGUUCCAAUACUGUGAGCAUCAUGAACAAAGAUUCCAAAAUCACUGGUAUAAAACCCAGUAUUAAAAGCUUUGCCAACAGAAAUGCCAGAAGCUCUGAUUUGAAGACUGAUAUGGGGAGCAUAGCCAACAGAGAUGGUGAGACGAUUGAUGUAAAGCCCAACAUUGGCAGCACCACCAGCAGAGGUGACAGUAGUAGUGACACAAAGAGCAACAUCGGAAGCAUUAUCAACAAAGAUGCCAAAACUAUUGAUGCAAAACCCAGCACCAGCAGGGAUAGCAAGAUUGGUGAUGCAAGGAGCAACAUUGAAGGCAUUUCCAACAGAGAUACCAAGACCACUGAUGUGAAGCAUAACAUUCGAAGCGUUGUUAACAGUUAUUUGAGGAAUUUUGAUGUGAAGCGCAAUAAUGCUGGAAGCAUUGCUGAUGGUGAUGUCAAGCACUCAGAUUUGAAACCGAACACUGUAAGUGCUGCCAAUGUUGAUGCCAAGAGUAUUAGUGCAAAGCCCAGCACUGGAAAUAAUGAAAACUGUGAUGCCAAGAGCACUAGCACAAAACCCCACAUUGGAAGUUUUGAGAACAGUGGUGCAAAGAGUAUUAGUGCAAAGGCCAGCACUGGAAGUUUUGAGAGCACUGAUUCCAGAAAUAUUAUGAAGGCUAACACUGAAAUUGAUGCUAACAAUGAUGCCAAGAAUACUGAUGUACAAACUAAUACUGAAAGUGUUACCAGCAGUGACGAUAACGACAUUGACACGAAGCCGAACAUUGGACGUGUUGCUGCCAGUAUACAGAGGUUGGAGAGCAGCAUGGGUAAGGUGCAAAGUGGGAGAUAUCGGUGAGAAAAAUCCGUGCUAGCACUGAUCCAGUACCUAUUUUGAUCGGCUUGGAUCUUUUUUCUUUUUUUCUUUUUGUGGAGAGGCAUAUUCAUUUUCAUUAGAUUUGUGUCAUUGAUUUGAUUGCUGAGGUUAAUAACUACCCAUGUGAUGGAGCCAACCUUCAAGAUUUUAGAGGAUCUGGCAAGCACCAGCUGAUGCUUUUACAUAUCUAUAUGUUCUUGCUAACUGUAAAAAGUUUUGUAUUUGUACACACAAUACACAUGGAGGUACAUAUUUCUUAUAUACCCCUGGACAAAUGGUGUUAAUGCUCACAGAUUUUAUUGACAUUCACGGUACAUAAAAAUUCUUUUGGACU